AUGCACCAAAUAAUAAGACGUUUCACCUCAGCUUCAGCUUCAGCGUCAGGUCCCAUAACAUCAUCAAUUGCUGUUGCUCACGCCCAAAUCAAGGACUUCUUGGCUAAAGGGCUCUAUGACAAGGCCAUCAACCUUUUCAAAGACCAUGUCCACCCCUUCUUUCCAAACCAUGAAAGCAGCGUCUUUAUACUGCCGUCGAUCGUCAAAGCCACUGCAAGUUCCCAAACCCACAAUCCCUUGGGCCUUCAGCUUCACUGCUAUGCCUUUAAAAAUGGGUUUGAUUCAGAAUCUACAGUUUCGAAUUCUCUCAUCUCUAUGUAUGCAAAAUUCUCAGACACAAAGAGUGCAUACAAAAUGUUCGACACAAUGCCUCAGAGAGACACCAUUUCUUGGAAUUCGAUGAUAAAUUGUUAUAUGCAAAAUGGAUUUUUGUUGGAAUCAAUGAAGAUGUUUAAGGAUAUGUAUAUUUGUGGAUUUGAGCCCAAGCCCGAGUUGAUUGCUAGCGUUUUAUCAGCUUGUAGUCAGACAGAAAAUUUUCGAUUAGGAAGAUUGAUUCAUGCUAUUGUUAUAGUGGAUGAAAGAUUUGACAAGUCGGUUUUCAUGUCAACCGCAUUGGUAGAUUUUUACUGGAGAUGUCAUGAUCAGGAGACUGCUUUUCGUGUAUUUGAUAGAAUGGAAGUUAGAAAUGAAGUCUCAUGGACUGCUAUGAUCACAGGAUGUGUGGCAGAUCAUGACUAUGCCAAGGCACUGGAUUGUUUUCGUGCAAUGCAGGUUGAAAAAGUUAAACCAAAUAGGGUGACAGUAAUUAGUAUUUUACCAGCAUGUGCUGAGUAUGGUUCAGUUAAUUGUGGAACAGAGAUCCACGGAUAUGCUUUUCGUCACGAGUUUGACAGGGAUUUUAGAUUCUGCUCAGCUCUCAUACAUAUGUAUUGUGAAUGUGGAGAAAUUUGGGCUGCAAAGCUUAUUUUUGAAAGAUCAACUACAAAGGAUGUUGUGAUGUGGAGUUGUAUAAUUGCAGGCUAUUCACGGAAGAAAGAAACUGCUGAAGAAGCUCUAGAGCUCUUUAAUGAAAUGCAGAAAAAGGGAUUUCAACCCAAUAGUGUUACAUUAUUGUCUGUGAUUUCUGCCUGUACCAAUCUCUUGUCAACAUGCCAUGCAGGUGGAGUCCAUGGCUAUGUCCUGAAAUCUUGCUUGAUAUCUGAAUUGAAUAUCCAAAACUCGCUCAGUAGUAUGUAUGCCAAGUGUGGUUGUCUUCAGGAUUCGGUUAAGAUUUUCAAGGAGAUGACACUUACGGAUUCUGUUUCAUGGACUGCAAUUAUUAGUGCUUAUGGUCUGUAUGGUUGCGGGGAGGAUGCCUUGCAACUCUUUGGUGAGAUGCAAGAGAGUGGGAUGAAAGCUGAUGCAAUUGCACUUCUUGAAGUCAUGACAGCUUGCAACCAUGCUGGCCUUGUGGAAGAGGGAUACAAGCUCUUUAAUGAAACGAUGAAAGAUGAGAAAAUAUCACUUACUAUAGAGCAUUAUGCUUGUUAUAUUGAUCUUCUUGGAAGGGCGGGGAAACUGGAAGAUGCUUGUGAUCUUGUGUCUAGACUGCCUAUGAAACCAAGUCCCAGAAUAUGGAGUUCCUUGGUUUCUUCUUGUAAGCUUCAUGGAAAGCUGGAAGUUGCAGAACUGUUGGUGCAUAAGCUUAUUGAGUCGGAGCCUGAGAAUGCUGCCAAUUAUACUUUGUUGAGUAUGAUUUAUGCUGAAUCUGGUAACUGGCAUGGUGUAGAAGAAAUGAGGAAGAAUGUCAAAAUAAGGAAAUUGGUAAAAACUUGUGCAUUUAGCAAGAUUUAGCUGGAUGAGAAAACAUUGUUCUCAAUUUGACAUGCCACCAUUCUUUUGGUAAAUGCACAAAAGGUUGUUUGCUAGGUCUUUGCCUGUAGGCAAGGAAAAAAUUGAAGACGCAUAUGAUGUCACGUGCAAAAAUCCAAACCUCAUGCUAGAACUCACUGUUUAUCGGUACCUAUUUUAAGGUUUUAACCUUCGUCGUGUCAUCUAAUACAGGUAUCACAGGUUUAUUGAAUUGGGAUGCAAGAAUGAUACAAACCGGUGAUUGUUCCAUAAAGCGAGUCUGGUAAUUUUCUGGAUGAGAAAACAGAGAGCUGAAAGAAAGGAGGCUCGAAGAUUUAUAUGUUGUCACUCGCAAAAUGUCUGAGUAGCAUACCAGCUUCUGAAGUUCAUCUCCAAUCUAUUAUAUGACCUUCAUUGUGUCAUCUAAAACAAGAACCAGGUUGCCUGAAUCAGAACAGAAGACGAGAGUCCACGAGCUGGAUAAUUUUGUGUGAACUAAACUGAGAAAUUUGAAUGGAACGGUGAAACAAAGGCAUUAAAAGCUAAAGGAUCAACAGCAUCAGGAUGUUUUAUGUCAAUCUCGAAAUUAUUUGGUCAUUAGGAAAGAUGAAAAAAGGGAAAUGUUUAGCAGAAAUGAGAUGGAUCUACACAGUACCAAUACCCAGAUGCCCUUUUCCGCAUCAACUAUUGUCUUUGACAUGAAGUCCAAGUUUUCAGUUCAUUACAGCAAACAAACUUUUGGUUGAUUUCUCUUUUACCAGUGGCACUUUUAGCUCAAGAAGCCCCCUCCCGGACUCCUUCCCCAGGUUUAUCCUGCAAUAUGCCAUGGUUUGCUUACGGAAAUCUUUACUUUGUCUGUCUGCCCAAUUACAAGUAGAAGCUUGUUCAUCCUUCAUGAUUGCCAAGUGGUUCAAAUCAACUAUCCGGAUUGCUCUUGGAGUAGCAAUUAUACUUCAAUAUGUUUUGUACAAAGUUCAGUUACAUCACCUGUAGUGACUUCGUUUUCAGAUUUCAAGUAAAGAAUCAGCC